AACUGUGGUAUAAAAGAAUGAGGAAGUCCCCGAGCGAUCACAAAAAAAGGAAGGCACAGUGUCACACCGUCAAAUAGGUACAGACUCACACGGACUCUACCUUAGGAUCUUAAGAAAGCAGCACCUGUCGUGUAUUGAUGGAUCCUGCAUUGUUCCUGAAUCAGGCCGGCAGUUCACAGCGUCUCUCUGGGAUGUUGAUUCAAAACUGCUCUGAGAACAACCUGAAGUUUAUCUGUGAGUUUCAGCCCGGGCCCGGUCCACCGCAAGAGUCUGGUGAUGAGGAUUUCAAUGUCAACAUGGAUUGUGAGUCAGUGUCAGUAAUCCUCCCUGCCCAGUGCAGCGUCUACCAGCUGCGGCUACGCAUCUGUAUGCAGGCCCAGGAACAAAGUUGCCAUCCAGACCCACUUGCAAUACUGGACCCAGAGAAAUUUACUCUGCUAUAUGCCAGGGGGGAAGACUGGUACGAGGCCUACGAUGACUGUCAGGUUAUCAGGACGUUAGACAUUCCAUGGUCACAUGACGACACCGGGCUUCUGUUAGCACACAUAGUGGUAAAACCACUGGUGGCAGUUGAUUCAGAGGAGGAGAAGAAACAACAGGAGUGUCUGGCAUACCUGAUUGGACACAACCUGGAGAAAGAAGCGUCUGACAGACUUGGUGAGCUCACAUUCACCCGCAGGAAACUGGCAUCUCCGAGAAGACAAGAGCUAAGGAAUCGGGAUGACAAGCUAUAUGCCACAGAGCCUUGGGUAACAUGUGCCCCUAUUCCAAAUGACCUACAGGACCAGAUAAACAGAAAGCUCCCGGUCACCCUCCACUACAUGAACAAGAUCAGCUUCAGCAUACAGGUUGAUUUUAGUGCAAUGCCAGCUGUUCUUCUCAGGGUUUUUAGGAGGGUGGUGGCAGACCAGGGGCUUGAUUACGACACUUCUGAUGAUCUGGUUUUGAAAGUUUCUGGCAGGGAGGAGUUUUUAUCUGGAGACCAUCCCCUUAGCGAUUUUCUCUGGGUUCGCCAGUGCUUGAAAAACAAUCAAGACCUCCACCUCUCUGUGGUCCCCGUGUCACAGCUUGCCGAUGAGACUGUCAAGUUUGUGGACUGGUCGCUUGUUGAUGGUUCCAGUGGCCAGUUCAGCUCCCACGAUGAUCUCCGCCUCGAAGGGAAGGAUUUGGAUGACAUUUUCAUGAUAUCCUUGUGGGACUGCAACAGAAGACUCCGAGUCAAAUUGCUUGGCUUUGACAUCCCGAAACUUCCAAACAAAUGCCCUCAGUCUGUUUAUGUAAAAGCCUCUAUCCUUUAUGGUAACAAGGUUCUCUCUUCAGUGUCCUCCCUCCCCAAGGCUUUCGCAGAUGAAGUACUGUGGAAUGAGUGGCUGGACUUUGACCUUCUCCUCAGGGAUCUGCCACGUGGAGCAAAGCUGGGCUUUACUAUUAAUGCUAGUGGUGAUAUCUCCCCAGUAACCAAAGACGCAAAGCCACCAUCCUCUUCAGUCAAUAAAACACCAGAGCAGCAGAAAGGAAAAGGGAAGGUGCUCUACUUUGUCAAUCUUCUCCUUAUAGAUCACAGGUCAAUCCUCAGCCAGGGUCCCUACACCCUACACAUGUGGUCUUACCCUGACCUGGAGGAAGAGGCCAUCACGUACCAGGCAGACAAGCUGUCCUCUGCCACGAACCCAGAGAUAGCUGACUCCAUGGCUAUCAGCUUCCUUCUUGACCGCUACAGCUUCCCUGUGGUUCUCCCAAAUAGCUUUAGCCCCUCUGAAUGCUCUGACAGUCCCACCUCCAGCCUCACCCGGACCAAAUCCACUGCUUCCUCUUAUACACUCUCCUCCUCACCCCCUUCCACCGUACCCAGCACAGAUUCUUGCUCUCUGGACAUAAAACCAUCCGAGGGCCCAUCAUCUGACAGUGUGAUUCUGAGAUCCCCAUCUUCAGUCAUCAGCACCAACAAGGCUGGCCUCAAAAGGUUCCGGGAAGAGAGCAUCCGCUAUGCCUCAAAUCUACCCCAUUACUUGCGCAAUGUUGAUUGGAUGAACCGCAGAGUGGUUGAGGAUGUCCACUGGCUACUGGGAAACUGGGAUCCUGGGGAGCUGGAUGUAACAGUGGCCCUGGAGCUGUUGAGCAUGGACUUUGCUGACAUGACGGUCAGGAGACUAGCAGUCCAGAGAUUGGAGAGCCUGUCCAAUGAUGAUGUAUUGAAGUAUUUGCUGCAGCUGGUUCAGACUCUGAAAGUGGAACCUUACCAUGACAGUUUCCUCGCCCGGUACCUUAUCCAAAGAGCUCUGCAGAGCAAGAGAAUCGGCCACUUCUUCUUCUGGUAUGUUCGCAGUGAGGUGGCAGGCUGUCCCUACUUCCGCCAGCGCAUGGCUGUGAUUCUGGAGGCCUACCUGCUGGGCUGUGGUCAGGCCAUGCUUGACAGCUUCACCCAGCAGGUCCAGGCUGUGGAGGCUCUACAGGAGGUUGCUGUGAUGAUUAAAAACUUCUACCCUGACAACCUUUCCCCUACAGCUCCCCUCAAGCUCCAAGAGCUUCUUAGAAACUGUAAUCUGCCAAUUGAGUUCCUGCUGCCCUUUGACCCCCGCAUUAAAGCUGGAAUGAUCCUGCUGGACAAAUGCAAGGUGAUGGCCUCUAAGAAGAAGCCACUGUGGCUGGAGUUCUCUCCCAUGCCGUCCCCCACCUCUGCUACACCUGUGGGAAUAAUCUUCAAACAGGGUGACGACCUAAGGCAGGACAUGUUGGUCCUUCAGACACUGGUGGUGAUGGACUCUAUCUGGCAGGAGAAAUCUCUGGACCUGAACCUUGUUCCAUAUGGCUGCAUCUCCACAGGACACAACAUAGGUAUGAUUGAGAUUGUGAGGAAUGCAGCGACCAUCGCUGUAGUCCAGAGGAACCACGGAGGAACAAAUGGAGCCUUCAGAAACGAUGCUCUGUUUGAGUGGCUCAAGUCCAAAUGUCCGCUCCAGGAGAUUCACUACAAGACUGUGGAGAGAUUUGUGAAAUCCUGCGCUGGUUACUGUGUGGCCACCUACGUCUUGGGUAUAGGAGAUCGACACAAUGACAACAUCAUGAUCACAGACCAAGGAAACCUGUUUCACAUUGACUUCGGUCACAUCCUGGGCAACACGAAGCACUUCCUCGGUGUGAACAGGGAGCGUGUACCAUUCGUCCUCACACCUGACUUCCUGUAUGUCAUGGGCAGGGUCAAAGGGCGCAACAGCCUCUACUUUCAGCGGUUCAGGGACACAUGCACCCAAGCGUACCUGUCCCUGCGCUCGCACUCUCGUCUGCUGGUCACUCUUUUCUCCCUCAUGCUGCUGACAGGCAUCCCGGAGCUGAGUGCUGCAGAGGACAUGCGCUACCUGCGGGAGGCGCUCCAGGAGGAACAGGGUGAGGCAGAGGCCAAGGAGCACUUCCUCCAGCAAAUCUCUGUGUGUGAGCAGCUGGGCUGGACCGUGCAGGCCAACUGGUGGAUCCACAUGGUGGCAGGCAUCAAAUAGAUUGUUGGUGAUUUGAAGGUCAAGGUGUGGAAAUGUUUAUUAUGUAACACUGAUUUUUAUUCAUUGUUUAUAAUUAUUUUCAUUUUUAUUUUAUUAACCCAGGCAAUGCCGGCACGUGGCCUGGCUCCCUCCGGUGGUGGUGGUGGUGGUGUUAUUAAAGUUACAGGCUGUAAAACCAAAACAGUGAGCUGAAAGACUAAAAAUUGUUUAGUUUUCCAUAGUACUUUGGCCUUGUGUCAAGCCCCCGCCCCCUUUUGGGAUUUAUGUUGUGUCAUUGCUGAUCCACGCGUCGUUCUAUAGAAAAAAUUAAGAACCAGGAUGAUGAGUGUCCUUUCAGUCUGCCUCCUUUAAAGUGGAUGGACCUGACAUAAAACUACCUUGUUGGGUCUCGUAUUUCUGACAACUGUUUCUGUCAUUAAGACACUUUAUUUUUCUGUUUUGGUAGUCUGUCCAAUGUGACGUUACUCUAAAUUAAUUAUAUCGCUGCUAUACUCAAUGUGCUUGGAGCUGCAGUGGCCCAUGGCUAACCAGUCAUGACACUGCAUGGCGUCACUGGUCCCUGAAAUGGUGUGGUCUUUCUUUGCUCACAUGGCCUUGUUGUAAUCCCUCCAACAAUUGAACUCUAGAGGAGGGGGAUGAGAUUGAGAGAAGGCAGGAUAGAAAAGAGCCUGUGUGCAUUACACUUGCAGGUCAAUAAGUGGACAGAAGGAAUGUUGUCUCAAAGUGUGAAGCACAUGUCAAUGGCAAUCCUGAGAAAAAAACAUUUAAAUGUAAAAAUAUUAAUUUAAUUACUUUAUUUUUUUUUUAAAAAAGGGUAAGGAUUUUAUUAGACUAGCUCUGAUGAACACCAUCACUGUUGUCCCUCCCCCAGAAGCUAUUCCCACUCCUGAGCCGCUGUGAACAUAUUGCUCCCUCACAGGGGUACUGACUGUUAUAUGAGACUAUGGAACCAGUGAUUUACGAAAACUGGAAGAUCAAACACAUCUCGCUACUGCAAGGACAAACAAUGCAGUCAGUCAACAGAAUAAAUGUCCUUGUUUUACUGUUUAGCUGGCUCACCAUGCAUUGAAUCUCAAUGAAUCACAGUGUAUAUAAUUGAUUAUUCAUUUAUAAUAUAAUUCAUGACUCAUCUUUGAUUUUCUCUAAAUACAGUCAAAAUGUUCAGUUAAAAGUACAGUGUGUCACAUCUAUUGGCAGAAAUUUAAUAUAACAUUCAUAGGCAUGUUUUCAUUAGUGUAUAAUCACCUGAAAAUAAGAAUCACGUUUUUGUUACCUCAGAAUGAGCCUUUUAUAUCUACAUACACCAUGGCUCACCUUCCAUAGAUUCCACUACAUAACCGUAUACUGCCAGUGUUAUUUUAAAAAAUAUUAAAAUAGAUAGAAAGAUUGCAUUAAAUAUGAAGAAAUGUCUAUUGAACAAGUUUGCAUUGAAAAGUAUAUCAUUUUUGUCUUUGUUUGUGUCCUCUGCAACAGUCUUUGGUACAUAUAAAUGAUGAUUAGUUUCCUUACUUUAGUAAUGAUGGACACAUAUAUACACUUUACUACUCAAUUCCCAUCUAUAAUUGAUCCGUGUUUAGGUGUAUAUCUCAAAGAUGGAAGGUAUUGAUGAAAUCUUUGCUUUAUUGUAUGCAUGCGAGUAUGUUGUUGUGACAUUCUCAAAGUUUUUUCCAGAGAUACAUGGGAAAAGGCCCUUUUGGAGAAGUGUAAUUUUUCACUAAGGAUCCAAACAUCAGCCAAAUAAACAGAUUUUGCAGUAAAA